AUGUCGACCAAGCCGGUUCUCAGGAACAGUCUUCGUCUAAACAGUCCGUACCCAGUGAUCAAUACGUCUGCUGGCGAUCGAGAUCUAUCUGAACAUGCAAGCAUACAGCACAGCUUGAAGAUACUGGAACCUUUUGAUCAGUCGCAAUACGAGACAUUGCUGAAGGCCUCCAGAGGAGGACACACAGGCCAAGAAUGGAUACGAGACGUCGCCGCAUACAAGACUUGGAUCGAACACGAAGACCACGUCCCCCUACAGGAAAUCCGUCACGGCCUUCGCCUUUCGGUUUCCGGAGGACCCGAAGUCGGCAAGACCUCGCUAGCUUUGUUCAUCAUUGACGAACUCAAAAGCUUCAGCGCACGAAGUGAUACGAACAUCCAAGUGCUCUACUUUUUCUGUCAUCUCCCGGACAGGAACUACAAUAGCGCCAGCGCCAUAUUGAAGGGUUUGUUCCUUCAGUUGGUGCAACAACGACCAGAUCUGACUACAGAGUUCUGUGAUUGGCUCUGUGCGUACGAUAGCCGCUCCAAAUACCUAUACAAUCCUACUGCUUUAUGGGACAUGUUUCGAUCUGCGUUGAAAGGCGACGACGCAGGGACAACGUAUUGCAUGAUCGAUGGGCUGCACGAAUGCGAUGCGGAUAGUGCUAGGACCAUCGAGCAGCUAAUAACGAGACCUUUCCCAUUUGAAGGUUGUUUGGAAAAUGAGCCUAGGCUAAAGGUCAUGAUUACAAGCCGCUCCGCCAUUGCUUCAAGUCACUUUGGAAAGGUUGAACUGAAUGAGCAGAACACAGGUGGGUCAGACACGCCCAACCAGAAGCUCACAAAGAUCAAUGGUUAUCUUCGCGAUCUGGAUACAAAAAGGGGUACAUGUCUUCAUACGCUAGACGUAAUUGCGGCGUAUCGACAUCCACCAACUACGGCUCUAUUGCAGUCCUAUUUCAAUGAAUCAUACGAGGACAUCGAGAUGCGCGUCCAACUAUGUCAGCCUUUUAUCCGGACCGAUCGCGCCCAAGGACUUCAAUUCAACACCACGGACUUCUGGCUUCGAUUUUCGAACCCGAACAGGAACGCUGCCCAGGCCAUUCACAAGAAGCUAGCUCAAAUCUGCUUGAGUGUUAUCGACCGAAAGAUCUCCCAGAUUGAUAUGGAAGAACUUGAGCGCGGGACCUCGAUGGAACUUCCGGCAGACGUACGAUAUGCGGUCUUGUUUUGGGCUGAUCACGUGAGGCUUUCGCAAGAUGCUACGAAUGGCCUCUUAUACUGCAUCACUGCUACGUUCAGUCGUAAUUCAACAAACCUGGAGAAAUGGUGGAUCAUAUACCUGCAGGAGUAUUUUUCCAUCUCUCAGCAGGAUACCUGGCGACAACACCAUACCACCGUGCUCCACCUCGUUGCGUUAUUUGGUCUCCAUAGGAUUCUGCAAACAGCUGUCAUCAGUGGGCGCUGGCCUCGGCUAGUAAAUUACCUAGAUAUGAAAGACUGUCUGGGCAUGGAUCCCCUCUCAGUCGCUGUCUCGCAAAAGCACGCAGAAAUUGCGGAACUCCUAGUAUCCAACGGCACAGGGGUCACUUUUACACACUGCGUUAUCGCUGCCGGCUCAAAUCUGCAGCUUGCCAGACUUGUUUUUCGGACAUAUGUUGAAACUGAGCAUAGGAGAACCCCGCAAGGCCCGCAACGUAUUGAUAUUGUCGAUGCCUUGCAGAGAGCUGUCGUUAGCGGAGACGAACGCCUUGUCUCCUGCACGAUCAAAUUCCUUCAAGACGUUAGUCCACGAAGUUUUCCUUGGAACGAAAUCGACUCCCUCAUGUACGUGAUCAACUCAGGGCAACGCCACCUGCUCACGCCACUUCUUGCAAUCACAAACCUCGAAACUACCGCCGAAGAGCUCAUCGAAUUCGCGGCAGAGGAGCACGAAGAGGUUAUCCUUGCGGAUCUGAUGGCCAUGCCAAAGAUCCGAAGCAUCAUCGAGAAGCAGAAACUCACACUUGUCAAGCCUCUGAACCUAGCUCUCACAUACAAGUGUCCGUUAAUGGUAGACCGGCUCAUGUCUGAUAGGAAUGUUGCCUACGAAGACGAUCAUUACCGAACACCCUUUCAGGUCGCUACUCGAUUUGCGAACCACCAGACCCUUUGUCGAUUUUUACAGCAUCCAAAGUUCUUGUUCAAUCGUGGAUCCGUUGAAGAAGGUGUUGCGCUCAACGUCCUACUACACAAGGACAAAAUCGACAAUGAAUUACCACUCAUAAACCUGAGGCAAAUCCUCGAGCGUGGUGCGAGAAUGCGCUACCAACAUUUCGGCAUCACUGCACUCCACGUCGCCGCUGAGCUCGGUCGGGCGCCAGUCAUGGAAGUGCUUUUGGAGAAGAUGUCUGAGAAAGAGAUCAAGGCAGAUAUCGACCGACAACCUUCUAGUCGCCAUGGCCACGACCGGGAUGACAAGACCGCGCUCGCGAUUGCGGCAGUGAAAGGUCACUAUGAGAUCGUGCGACUACUUCUACUUAGAGGUGCAGACAUGGAUAUCAAGGAUAGGCUCGGGAAUACUGUGACGGAGUUGGCGGAAGCAGAAGGGCAUGCUGAGAUUGUCCAGCUGCUGGAAAAGGUAAAGAGAAGGGGAGUCGCGGCAGCGAGGGAGGUACGGAAAGGUGAAGCUGAUGGAGCUUCACGAGAAGAUGGAUUGGAGGAACAGAACGACACGGAAGAAGAAAAGGGUGGGGGUAGGAGCAGGAGGAAGGGCAAGGGCAAGGCUAGGCAAUGAUAUGGGCCGAGCGAUUGAGCACAUGUGUCGCGACUGAGUCACGUCUAGGUCACUCACAGAAAUCAUG